AUGACCAACUACUCCGAGUCGUCCCAGCGCGUUCAUUCUCCCCCUUCUUCGUUUGUGGGCACGUCCGAGAAUUUUGACUCCUCGUCCCCUUCCCGUCAGCAAUGGCCUCGGAGCCACAAGCUCUACAUCCUCGACCCUGAGCCAGCCACCGCAUGCCAACCCACCCCUGCCAUCGGCUGCCCCAUCGACCACCGCAUCCCCCGCGACCCCUCCACGGCACAGGAUAUCAAGUCAGAGCCCAACAACCCGGACUUUAGGUUCAUUUUCGAGCUCGCACCACUAUCCCCGCCUCAAGAGACCUCCUGCUCUCCGCUGGUAGACGUACCAGUGAGAGCGAAAUGGGCUUCCCCCACCAUGCGCACGAUGAUGGGGGCCUUUCGCCUUGAUCCCUUCGCAAUGCAUGACGGUCACAGCAUGGCCGUUGUGGCAGUGCCCCCCAUUGAGGUCGGGCCCCUCACCGAGGAGCCAGUUGUAGUGGAGUUCCAGGUCUACCUGGAGCACCCCCUUGUCCCCCAGUCCCCGGAGCCUGACGACCAGUACACCCGCGACCGCAUGUCUAUGCGCGAUCAUUCCCUUUCGGGUCACCUCCUGUCGCCAGCGUCAAGCGUCCAUUGGGACACAUACAACGCGCUCGGCGACGAUCGCGAGUUACUUUUCGGCGACACGUACUUCGAGUAUCCCCCUAGUCCGGUGGCCUCGCCCUGCCCGUUAUUCGCGUCCAUCAUGACCCCGGUGCAGAGCCUUCAGUGGGGAGUGCAGUACGGCGCGGAUGCAAGUGUCCCAUUUCUGACGCACUGGCGAAUAGGAGGUGGCAGAGUCUCGCGGGCGAGCAUUUGCAGCAGCAACAGCAACAACAGCUCGGGCAGGGACAUGACUGUGGGUCUCACUCCGUCUAGCCCUCGCAACAUGUCUCCGCACCUGCCUCUCCCGCAUCCCAUCACGCGCCACCUGUGCAUACAUACUAGUCCAUCCCUGCACCCUACGUCCUCGCUGCCCACAAGUUCCGCGUCCUCGUUCGCAUCGGCCCUCGGCGCGCCCGACGGCUCGUUGCCUGCCUCCGUGGAGAACACAUGGUCCCGCCAUCGGAUGAUGGCUGAAUGUUCUCGUAGCAGUGCAGGGCGCCGCGAUGGCUCCCUUUCUGGGUACCUAGGGUGUAGGCCAUGCCCUCGGAGCAAGCAGUUUGGCUCCACACAACAGAGUGAUUAG